AAGAACCUAAACCUAUAUUCUUUUAUAUAUCUCUAAACAUUAUUAAAGAGAAGAGACAUGGCUUUAAGUGGGAAAGUGGAGGCUGAAGUAGAGAUUCAAGCACCUGGUGCUAAGUUCUAUAAUAUUUUCAGAAAGCAACUAGAACAUCUUCCUAAUAUCUCCAAUGAAAUACAUGAAGCUAGAGUGCAUGAAGGUGACUGGGAAAAUAUUGGUUCUAUCAAGCACUGGGAAUUUACAGUAGAAGGAAGAAAACAAAGUGCUAAAGCAAAAAUUGAGACUAUAGAUGAUGACAAUAAGAUAAUCAUAUAUAGCAUUUUUGAUGGAGAAGUGAGUGAAAAUUACAAGAGUUUAAAGGCAAUAUUACAAGUGAUCCAUAAAGAACAUGGUGGUGGGAUUGUUAAAUGGGCAUACGAAUAUGAGAAGCUAAAAGAGGAAAUUACAGGUGGAUCUCCUGAUUCAUACUUGGACCUUGCUGUAAAGGUCACAAAAGAUAUUGAUUCUCAUCUUGCCAAGGAAUAGCAACAAAGAUGAACAAGGAUGAAGUGUGUUUGUCUUGAGUGUUAUUGCAUUUUAAAUAAACUUUUUGUGAUGAAUGUGUUUAAUACAGUAUUGGUAUACUUCUAAUUUUGGGAUUGAGAUUCCUUGCUGCCAAGGGGUCCCACAUUCAUACAUUGUGAAGAUCGAUAGUUUUUCGAUGAAGAUCAGAUAGUCCAUAAAAUGCAGUUCUUAUGGUUUAUUUUAUGAUUAAGACAUCAAAUUUGAAUCUUGAUUGUUCGAUCCAGAUCAAACAACCACCGAUGUUCCAAUUGUGUGAAUACGGAGAAAUAUUCAUAUCGUGGUAAUUGGAGACAGAAAAGGAGUUUACUCUUAUGUUGUUUUAUGUUUUUUCAGUCACAAACAUGCUUGUUUCUUUCAACAAAGUCACUCAUUCUAGUUUGUGAUGGAAUAGAGUCUUGCUGAUUUGAUAUAUUGUCAUUUGAUGUGUAUAAAUGGCUACUGUGUGCUUGUAAAAUGUUUGAUUUAAAUAAAAGAUUGCUCUAGCUCUUAUGCAAACUCCUUAA